AUGGGUCGAGAGCUCGUAGCUCCAAAGACCAUUCGGGAGCUCGAUGCUCCAAGGGAAAGUUCGCAAGCUCGUGGCUCUGGAGAAAAGCUCGAUGCUCCGGAGAAGGAUUUCACGAGCCCAUAG